AUGGCUCCUGGUAACACCUCAUCCCAAUCUAACGCACCAGAACCAGUUCCUCCAACACCUUCUCCACCGCUCGUUCCAACACUAACAGAGAGUGAACGUUGUGAUCGUAAGCAAAAGAAAGAUACCACGAAUCAAGGACCAGGAAAAGCGACUUCGGAGGAAAUGGAAAACUGUAAUAAUGGAAAUAUCGUCGGUCAGAAACGGAAAAAUGAUUAUGAUAUGAUUCCUGCUAAAAAGCAAAACGCUGAUAAUAAGAAUGUAGGAGCUAACGUCCAACAAUUCUUCGAAACCCAUUUGUCCAACCGGAUUGGUGUAUUCGAGAGUGUUGUCUACGAACCGAGACGUAACCUCGAGCUUCUUCCAUCGAUGUACCCAUCGAAACCAACUUCGGACAACCCGAAACCAAACAACGAGUGGUUCCCCGUAGGCAAUGUGAAGUUGAACCAAGAGUUGCACAUGUGUUCGGACGAUAAGGCAGAAAUCCCCUCGGAAUACCUCAUCUGCUCUUCAGAUAUGGCGGUUGUAAAAAUUCAGCCAACAGAAUAUCUGAAAGAGGUGUUCAACGCCAAGCUCGCCAGACAGAAGCUUCCCAAAAAUAAGAAACUUGCCGUGCCGCGGAAGAAAAACUUGGAAGAGCAAGUUGAAUCAAACGACAGAGAUCUGGACGGUCGCUUGAUUCCAACUUUCACCGAGCUCUUUUUCCCGCAUGGAAAGACGGAAAUUUACGAUUUAAUGCUCAGAGAUUUUUUGGCAACUUCUGGAGUCCGUGCCGGCAGCUAUUCUGCCGAAUUUAAAUCAAGAGUCUUGACUGGAUUCGUUGCGAGAAACUAUGAAUACGUCUUUAAAAAUGGGCUCGGAGACAUGUUCCAGAAGCACAUCCAACUCAUUGGUCUCAACACACCUGGAUGGAAGAAGGAGCAUUACGACGCUCCUAGAAACAAGUAUUUCGAGUUGAGAGCAGUUUGGAACAACAGUCAAGCUGAGAUCUGA